UGCACAGAAAUCUAAAAGAAGUAGAAAGUAGGGUGGUUAGUUGGUUUGAAGCGACGAUUUCUGGCAUUUCCACUAUCCCAUUCUCUCGUUCCUACUCCUCCCGGGUGUUGGUGGCGUCACUAUGGCAACGAGCACGCGCAGCCUAGGGCUCCAUCUCCCUGCAGUUAACGACCUCGACCGCCUCACUCGGCUGCCCAGAGGGUCUGCGGCGCACCCCACCCACCGGGUCUUGGACUGGCCAGGGCAAGGGACAGAAAUGGCCAAAGGAGCAGCCUCCUCGCCGCUGGAGGACUUGGAUCUGAGCGGUGAAGAGGUCCAGCGGCUCACCUCCGCCUUCCAGGACCCGGAGUUCCGGCAACUGUUCUCUAAGUACGCCGAAGAGCUCAAUGACCCCGAGAACCGGCGGCGCUACGAGGCGGACAUCACCGCGCUGGAACGGGAGCGUGGGGUGGAAGUGCGGUUCGUGCACCCGGAGCCGGGCCACGUGCUGCGCACCAGCUUGGACGGGGAGCGGCGCUGUUUUGUGAACGUGUGCGGCAACGCGCUGGUGGGCGAGCCCAGCAGCCGGCCAGCCGCCGGGGGAGAGGACGGUGCCGCGCCCGGCCGCCACUGGUCCCUGCCCUACAGCCUGGCGCCCGGCCGCGAGUACGCGGGGCGCGGGGGCACCCGCUACACCGUCUACGACGUGGUCUUCCACCCCGACGCGCUCGCCCUGGCCCGGCGUCACGAGCGCUUCUGCCAGAUGCUGGACGCCACGGCCCUGGAGGCGGUCGAGAGGCAGUUCGGCGUGAAGCUGGACCGCAGGAAUGCCAAGACCCUGAAGGUCAAGUACAAGGGGACCCCGGAGGCCGCCGUGUUGCGCACGCCCCUGCCCGGGGGCGUCCCGGCCCGGCCCGAGGGGGAGCCGGAGAGCCCGCUCCCGGACUUCCCCUAUCCCUACCGGUACCCGGCCCCCGCCGGGAACCCCGCGGCCGCCCGGCCCCCAGAGCCCACACCCACAGAGACGCCGCCGCCGCCCGUCCCCACCGAGCCUCGCUACAGCGUGGUGCAGCGCCACCACGUGGACCUGCAGGACUACCGCUGCUCCCGCGACUCUGUCCCAAGCACCGUGCCCCAAGAGCUGGUGGUCACCAUCGAACUGCCUUUGCUGCGCUCGGCCGAGCAGGCAGCGCUGGAGGUGGCGGGAAAGCUGCUGUGCCUCGACUCCAGAAAGCCCGACUACCGGCUGCGCCUGUCGCUGCCGUACCCGGUGGACGACAGCCGCGGCAAAGCACAGUUCAACAAGGCGCGGCGGCAGCUGGUGAUCACGCUGCCCGUCGCGCGCCCGGAGCCCCCUGCGGCGCCGGAAGCGUCCGCGGCCCGGCCCGGAACUGACGGCGCGGCCUGUGCUUCCUCUGGCGAGGGCUGGGCGGGGCCGGCGGGGGGUCGCGCCGGGCAGGAAGGCGGGGGUCCGGACCAAGCGGGUACUUCAGACACGGGGGACGCUACCCCGGGCGCCCCCGAGCCGGCCGGGGCUGGAGAGGAGCUGGUCCCCGAGCGGGAGGAGCCGGACUUGGGCCGGCACGCGGUCGCCCGCGGCGGGGAGGCGCCGUCUCCCGGAGCGGAGGGUUCACCCGGUGGCGGCGGCUCCGCCUUAUCUUCAUCCCGGGGCUUGGACUGGGAGUCUUCUGCCGGAGAGCUCAGUGUGGACACGCGCGUGGCCCGCGAGGGCGCGGGCGGGGAGCGCUCUGCCGCGGCCAUGGGUGGUCCCGGGACCGAGGACGGGGAACCUUUGUGUCCUCCUUUGUUGUGUAAUCAGGGGGAGGAAUCGUUGACUCUACUAAUUCAAGUGCCUCGGAUCCAGCCCCAAAGUCUUCAAGGAGAUUUGAGCCCCCUCCAGUACAAGUUGCGCUUUUCCACCCAAGACUUAGUUUAUUCCUUCUUUUUGCAAUUUGCUCCGCAAAACAGAUUGAGUACCAAAGAACCAGUGAUUAGCAUUUCUUCAAACAAUGCAGUGAUCGAACUGGCCAAAUCUCCAGAGAGCCAUGGACUUUGGAGAGAGUGGUAUUAUGGUUUAAACAGCGAUUCUUUGGAGGAAAGGUUGUUUGUCAAUGAAGAAAAUGUUAAUGAGUUUCUUGAUGAAGUCCUGAGCUCUCCAUUCAAACAAACUAUGUCCCUAAGUCCACCAUUAAUUGAGGUUCUUGGGGUUACUGAUAAUAAGAUUCAAAUUACUGCAAAGUUGCAAGAAUAUAGCAACUCUGAUCAGCUUCAAGGAAAAGAAGAAAGAGUCAGUAAAGGAAGUCAUCUAACUCAAAAAGAAAACGUAGAACAUUUUACCACCUCUACAAAUGAUUCCGAUUCAUCUGUAGAAGUUAAAGCUCUACAAAUAGAUGGUUGUGGUUCAGUUGCAUGUUUUCAGCAGAAGUCUCACAUGCUAUGUGAAAAAUCUCAGCCACCUGAAUUGCAGAUGGAACCUGAAUUUAUAAAAGAAAAAUGUGCUACUUACUCAAGUAAGGAAAAAGAUAACUUAAAAGAACCAGUAAUAACUGAAGAAAAAGAGUUAGAUGGAGAUCACCUAUCUUCAUUACUGAGUAAAACUACAGUUCACAAUAUGCCUGAUGUUGACAGCAUAAAAGAAACCAAUAUGGAGGAUGGUAGUAUGCAGAUUAUCAAAGAUCACGUGACACAUUGUGCAUUCAGUUUUCAGAAUUCUUUGCUAUAUGAUUUAGAUUGAUUAUAUAGAACUAUAAUUAUAUAAAAAAUAGAUAAAAUUAUAUGGAAUUCAUCCAAAAUUUGCAAUUUUGAUUCUACUGGGAAAACUGGAGUUUUUUUUUUUUUUGCCUCUAGAAUUUAAAUGAAGUUUCCUUAGUUAAGGAGAUAAGGGUUGUGAUGCUUCUGAUGGAGAGUUAAACAUUUUAUUUUAAUACA